CCAGUAGUCAUCAUCCUGCGACUGACAACAUGUGUCUGGAGAAGGAUUCACAACGUGCUGCUAAUCUAUUGAUAAAUACGUGCAGAGAUGUAACCUGGGUCCAUCGCACUCAUCUCUCGCUGUUCCCUCCUCAGGGUUAGGAAUCUUAUGGAGCCAUCACUUUGCUGUGAGUUCCUCUCCUUCCUCAGCCCAGAGACUCGGCCGGAUGUGAAGAGCAAGGCUCUGGACUAUGUGCUCGGCGUCAGUGUGACACCUCCGGGGCGGAAGAGUCUGUGUGAUUUGCCAGGAUUACUGCAAACUCUGCUAGACUUGACCUCUGACCUAUCGCCACCAGUUGUCCAGGAUUCCUAUCGCAUACUGGUGAAUAUGACCUCUGACCCAUGCACUCACCUUGCUCUGCUGGACAUCCCCACCCUGCUCCCCACGCUGAUCAGUCGCCUGUGCGAUCCGCAGUAUAUUUACGCUGACUCUGUCUGUACAGCGCUCUGCAACCUGAGCCGCGAGGCGGACACCUGCCGUUCUGUGCUGUCUGCUCUAAAGCCUUCAGGAUUCAACCAGAUUCUGGAAAUGACGUGUAGUCCCAAGUACAAUCCAGCAGCCACACUGGACUAUCUCGGGCCGCUGCUGUGUAAUCUGACGCAGCUUGCAGAAGGCAGAGACUUUAUCCUGGACAGAACCAGGUGUGUGGUGCAGCGUCUUCUCCCAUAUACCCAUAACCAGGGGUCAGUUGUGCGCAGAGGGGGAAUUGUGGGGACCCUGAGAAACUGCUGCUUCAAUCACAGAGAUCACGCGUGGUUGCUGGGCGGUGAGGUAGAUUUGUUACCGUUCUUGUUGCUGCCGUUGGCCGGUGGGGAGGAGUACACGGAGGAGGAGACGGAAAUUCUUCUCCCUGAUCUGCAGUAUCUUCCGGAGGACAAGCAGAGGGAACUGGACCCCGAUAUAAGGAAGAUGCUGAUAGAGUGCCUACAGCUGCUCUGUGCUACUCCUGACGGACGCCGUGUCCUGAAAGAUGGAGGGGCGUAUUUGAUCCUGAGAUCGCUGGAUUCCUGGGAGACGCAGGCGGAUGUGACGAGGGCGUGUCAGAAGGUCAUACAGGUUCUGAUCGGCGAUGAGCCUGCACCCGGCAUGGAAAACCUUCUAGAAGUAACUGUUCCGCCAGAGGUGGAGGAAAAACUGAAGCUGCUGGAUGAAGAGGAAGAGGGAGUCUUAGAACCAAAUGAUGCCUCAUAAUACAGGAGUCACCUCGUAACGGUGACAGAAUGUAGCGUGUGACUGCAAUCUCACAUCAUAGGACUCGCCUGCGUAUUUAGGGGUAAUGUGAUGAUCCACAGUUCCACUCACUUCAGUUUCAAAGUGGAAACAAUUGAUCAGUUCUAUUUUAUUUUAAAAAAAAAUUAUUAAAAACUGCUGAACAAAAAGUGUAAAUAUUUUUGAUAAAAAACAAAACUUACCAUCCUCUAUUAAAAAACAAUUGGAAGUUAUUUCUUAAUUCUUGCCAUUAGAUACAUUAUAUAAUGCACCUAAAUUCAAUAAUAAUGAUUUUAAGAAAAAGUUAAAUGUGUUUAGUUGUGAUUGUGGAAUCUUGUUUGUUAUAGUUCCUGAUCUUAAUUCCUAGAAAAGAUUAAAAAAGAAACACCACAUACACAUCACUGUUUUUAUCAGAACCGCUGCCGAUAGCCUGGGUUAUGUGGCAUUAUGGAAUUGGGUCGUUGCACGGACCAAUACAAAGCCGCCAACACAGAUCUUACAGCUUUCUAUUGAUCCUCCCACUCAAACCCAUCUCGGUGGCAGUUGUAUAAUGGGGAUCAAUAAAGCCUUAAUUGGGGGCACGGCUUUAUCUUCAGCAGUCUCCUGUCAAUCGUUUUAUCUCAUUAAAUAUUUAAACUUUCAGGUC